AUGAAAGGAGGACUGACAAAAUUCCUCUCUCUUGCAAUCCUUACUAUAAUAUAUUUAUUUCGGCGAGCUAGGGGCAAAAAAAAUACAUAUAUUAAUAAUUUGAAAGUGAAAAGUAGGAGUAGUUUGAAUUUUUUAAAAACCAAAUUAAAUGCAGAAGAAGCGUCUGGGUACUUUUCAAAAUAUGAUAGAAAUUUAUUUCCACACCUCAGAAAAAAAAAACACAAAAAAGAAACAAACUAUAUGUUUUUAAAAAGUUUGCAGCCAAUUAAUAAUAAAAAGGAGAAAUUGAAUAAACCCAUAAAGAAAAAUAAUAAGCAUAGUUUUCGUUGUAAUAAUUAUGAUGCAAAAGAUAUUGUAAUAUUAGAAGGGUUAGAAGCUGUUCGAAAAAGACCUGGAAUGUAUAUAGGAAACACCGAUUCAAAAGGUUUGCAUCAAAUAUUAUUUGAAAUUAUUGAUAAUGCAGUAGAUGAAUAUAAUAAUCAUGAAUGUAAUCAAAUUAAAGUUAUAAUACACAAUGAUGAAAGUAUAACUAUUGAGGAUAAUGGAAGGGGUAUACCUUGUGAUAUCCAUGAAAAAACAAAAAAAUCUGCUCUUGAAACAGUUUUAACGGUAUUGCAUUCUGGAGCAAAAUUUUUGGAUGAUGAUAUAAAUAUGAUACUGGAAGAAGAAAAAGGAAAACAAAAAAAAACGAAAAAAGAAGUCCAAGAAACUGGAAAUAGUAAUAUAAGCAAUAAUUCUAAGGGAACUGAUACUUCUGUGGAUGGAACAAAUGAAAAUUUACAAAAAUACAAAUAUUCAUCUGGAUUGCAUGGUGUAGGAUUAUCUGUAUCUAAUGCAUUAAGCAUUUUUAUGAAAGUAAAUGUUUUUAGAGAUAAUAAAAUUUAUAACAUUGAAUUAGAAAAGGGAAAAGUAGUAAAAGAAUUAAAUGUGCAAGAUUGUCCAAUUAAAAAAAGAGGAACACAAAUACAUUAUAAACCUGAUAAUACAAUUUUUAAAACAAAUAUAAAACAUAAUAGCGAAUGUAUAAAAAAUAGACUACAUCAGUUAGCUUAUUUAAAUGAUAAAUUAACCUUUUAUUUUUAUGAUGAAAGAAAUUCAAAUAAAGGAAAUAGUGAUAAAGUUUCAGAAAAUGUUGAAAAUAAUUCUUACACUAAGCUAGAUAAUUAUGAAUAUGAGAUAAUAAAACAUGAAGGAGGGUUAGAUGCAUAUAUGGAAAUGUUAACAAAAAAUAAAACAAACCUAUUCAAGACUAACAACAAAGUUAUUAGUAUAAAUUGUUUUCAAAAAAAUAUACAUGUUGAUUUAAAAUUAAAAUGGGUAACAAAUCAAUAUAAUGAAAAUAUCUUAAGUUUUGUAAAUAAUGUAAAUACAAUAGAUGGAGGUACACAUGUUGAUGCAAUGAAAUAUGCAAUAAGUAGAAGCAUUAAUUAUAAUUCCAAGAAAAAUGAGUCGAUAAAAAAUUUUGUAAACAUACCAGGUGAAUAUAUAAGAGAAGGUUUAACAGCUAUUUUGUCCAUAAAAAUGAAUAACCCAGAAUUUGAAGGGCAGACCAAAACGAAAUUAGGUUCUUAUUAUUUAAAACCGAUAUUAGAAAGUAUAAUUUUUGAAAAAUUAUCAGAAAUAUUUGAUUUUGAACCAAACUUAUUAAAUACAAUAUAUUUAAAAGCAUUGCAGGCGAAAAAAAGUGAUGAAGAAGCAAAAGCAGCUCGAGAUUUAAUACGAUCAAAAAAUAAUCAAUAUUAUUCAACAAUAUUGCCAGGGAAAUUAGUAGAUUGCAUUUCUGAUGAUAUAAGUAAAAAUGAAAUAUUUAUUGUAGAAGGAGAUAGUGCGGCAGGUAGUGCUAAACAAGCACGAAACAGAGAAAUCCAAGCCAUAUUGCCGUUAAAAGGAAAAAUAUUAAAUGUUGAAAAAAUUAAAAACAAUAAAAAAAUAUUCGAAAAUGUUGAAUUAAAAUCAUUAAUCACGGCUAUAGGGUUAAGUGUCAAUUAUGAUAAUAGUAAAACUGGAAAAUCUAAUACAAAUAAACGAAAUGAUAAUAAAGAUAUAAAAAAAAAUAAUUUUAUUGAAAAUUCUUUAAGAUAUGGGAAAAUUAUUAUUAUGACUGAUGCAGAUGUGGACGGGGAACAUAUCUGUAUCCUCCUUAUUACAUUUUUAUAUAGGUUUCAAAAAGAAAUUAUAGAAAAUGGCAACGUUUAUGUUGCUUGCCCACCUUUAUAUAAAGUUACAUAUAAUAAAUUUUUUGAUAACAAUAUAAAAGAUAGUGUAAUAAGCAAAUUUAAUGUUACUACAAAAGCUUCAAAAUAUAUUAUACACACAUAUUCAGAUUCCGAACUUAAUGAGUUAUUAGCUUUAUUAGACAUGGAUAAAUCCCAAACUCUUGAAAAUAAAAACACUUUGAAAAAAAGAAAGAAAGAAAAUUUUUUCAAUGGACAAGGAAAACUUAAUAUAACUCAUGGCGAUGAAAAUAAUACAAAUUUUGAUCCGCAGAAUGAUCAAGAUAAUUCUGAACAAAAUCAAACAAAUCCCUUUAUAAAUAACGAUGUCCUAUUUAGCUCUUCAAAAAAAUAUGAAAUACAACGAUUUAAAGGCUUAGGGGAAAUGAUGGCUGAUCAAUUAUGGAGUACCACAAUGGAUCCCCAAGUUAGAAAAUUAAUCAGAGUCACAGUAAGUGAUGCGAUUAAAGCCAAUACUUUGAUAAACUCAUUGAUGGGUGAAGAUUCAAAGUCUCGAAAGGAUUUUAUUAUAAAAAAUUCACGUUCAAAUUGA